UUCUUGUUGUUGUGUGUGUAAUAAAACAUUUGUUUGCUAGUUUGUUCUUACUUUACUAGCUGGUCCAAGAAUCGGAAAAUUAUUCGCUGUUCAAAUUUUCAGAUUUGAGUAGAUUCAUAUUCUUAUGCUUUUUACCUUUUUUUUUUAUUUUUUUUUAUUCUUCUGAUGAAUUUUAACGCAUGUCCAAAGCUUCUUCUUCCUUUACAUUAUUUUUUUCUCACUGUUUUUAUUUUCUUUCUUUCUCUGAAACUAAGAGAGACCAACAAAAGCAGAGGAAUUUUCAAAAAACAAAUCUUUGAUAGACAUGGAGAAUUUUUUAAGUCCUGAAGAAAACGACGAUGUAGGAGGAUCCAUCGACCCGAAUGAUCAGUCAGCAUCUGAAACUCCGGUUUACUCGACGAUGAGCACAGAUCCCUUUUCUGACCAAAUCGAUGACACCAGUAGCGUCUGUAGUGAGGCUUCUCCUAGUGAUUGGCCUGUCUUAACCGAAUCCAAUUCUUCCGUGAGCUCUAUUUUUAUAACUGCCUUUAAAACGAAAAAGACUCACAACGAACCUGAGGAGAAUCUUGCUGUCCAAGAACCAGAGUUGGAGACGAUGAAGGAAAGAUUCUCGAAGCUUCUGCUUGGGGAAGAUAUGUCUGGAAGCGGCAAAGGCGUUUGCACCGCAGUUACAAUCUCAAACGCUAUAACCAAUCUUUAUGCUACUGUUUUUGGACAGAAUCUAAGGUUAGAGCCAUUGGAGAUUGAGAAGAAGACAAUGUGGAAGAGAGAAAUGAAUUGCCUUCUCUCUGUAUGUGACUAUAUUUUCGAGUUUAUCCCAAAGUCACAGAAUCUAAGCAAUGGAGCCACUGUUGAGGUAAUGGAGAGUAGAGCAAGAGCAGAUAUCUACAUCAAUCUGCCUGCGCUCAGGAAACUAGAUUCCAUGCUUAUGGAGGCGUUGGAUAGUUUCCAAAAGACAGAGUUUUGGUAUGCAGAAGAAGGAAGCAUGUCAAUGAAGUCAUCAACACGUUCUGCAACUGGAUCAUUCAGGAAAGUGAUUGUACAAAGGAAAGAAGAGAAAUGGUGGUUACCAAUUCCUCUGGUUCCAUCAGAAGGUUUAUCAGAGAAAGCAAGGAAACAACUUAAGAGCAAGAGAGACAGUACUAAUCAAAUCCAUAAAGCUGCUAUGGCCAUCAAUAGCAGCAUCCUCGGUGAAAUGGAUAUACCAGAUUCUUACAUGGCAAAUCUUCCAAAGAGCGGAAAAGCGAGCACAGGAGAUUCACUCUAUCGACACAUGACGAGUUCAGGGAGGUUUUCACCAGAAAAGCUACUAGAUGGUCUCAAGAUCGUAUCAGAACAUGAAGCCCUUCAGUUGGCAGACAGAGUAGAAGCUUCAAUGUACACAUGGAGACGCAAAGCUUGUCUCAACAAUUCCAAGUCUUCAUGGAAUAUGGUGAAAGCUUUAAUGUCAAAUACAGAGAGAUCAGACAAGAACUAUGUUUUGGGUGAGAGAGCAGAGUCUUUGAUUUUCUGUCUGAAACAACGGUACCCAGAGCUGUCUCAGACAUCAUUGGAUAUAUGCAAGAUUCAUUACAACAUGGAUGUUGGGAAAGCUGUGUUAGAGAGUUAUUCGAGAGUGCUUGAAGGUUUAGCUUUUAACAUAGUUGCUUGGAUUGAUGAUGUUCUUUAUGUAGACAAAACCCUAGGAGGAGAAGAAGAAGAAGCAUAACUACUUUUAUAAUUUCUUCUGUCUCCCUUGUAAAUUAGGUAAAAUCGAAAGAAAAUUCUAUCCCAUGCUUUGUUCUUUCACAUGUAAGAAGAAGAACCAAGAUUAGAUUGAACGAA